AAAGUUUUAAAAAUUCAGUUUUAGUGUGUUCAAUAAAUGUUUAUCCUGUUCGUUGUGUUUUGGAUUUUGCCCCCCAUGCGAUUGAGUUUGACACCCCUGUCUUAAGCAGUUAAAGCCCUUUACAGAUUCCAGUGUUACAUUUCAUCGCCUACUUCUUCCCAAAUGCAUUUCUCUACAUCAUCAUCACUGGACACUCAAACAUUUCCAUUAAGACUUUUGCUAAUAGAUAAAUGAGUUAGUUCUGUUGGACUUCUCCAUUACAUCCUGAGUGAAUCCAUCUCUUGCUCUUUCGAACCUCAGCCUUGAGUGGCAAGGAUGUAAUGCAUCUGCAGGCGUCGUAUUAAUGCGCGGUUUGAGGAGCUCUCUCUUUGCUUUGCACCACUUCCCUGAACUGUGCAUCUCUGACGUCAACUCCGAACCUUUUAAAUCUUCCCCAGAAAAGAAAAAACCGUGUCAGUGACCUGGAGCAUUGGACCUGCACCCACCUCCGAUCUCAGAAUCAGUUUCUAGUGAAUUUGUCCUUUGAAUCGCGGCAGAUCUUUGUCAUCCCCAGAAGCAGCCGUUUGUCACCACCAGAAGCAGCAGCUCGCAGCUCGUCACAGUUUCCUGUGUGGUGUGCAGCUUGUCAGUUUGAUCAGGAGGAGUUCAGACGCUCAGAAACUUCUGCUAAAUAAAGCCCAGUGAUCCAAAUCAUAGAAAUGUCGAACCCUGUGGUGACCCAUCAGCCUGGUGCAGGUGGAUAUGGGACAAAUGUCCAGACAGGGGAGUGGAGCACAGGCUUGUGCUCGUGCUGCAGCGACUGCCUCAUCUGUGCCUUCGGUUUUUUCUGUCCAAUCGGACUGUCCUGCUACACAGCUCACAAAUAUGGAGAAAACGCCUGUUUGGGUUGUGUACCGGGAGGCCUGACAGCCAUGCGGACUCAUAUGAGACUCACUUACGGGAUUCAGGGAACAGUAUGCAACGACGCCAUUAUGAUGUUCUGCUGUGGGAUUUGCGAAUUGUGCAGGAUGGCUCGAGAAAUCCGCGUCCGGAAUGGAGAAGUGUCCGUUUAACAAGGUGUACAGCAGGCAUCAUGUGGAGGAAAUAGCUGUUCAUUUCUUUAGCUUUUGUUGCAAAAAAACAGAAGCUAAUAAUGAGAUUCAAUCAACUUUGUUUUUGUCCCUUUAAUUUAAUUUUUUUUUUUUAUGUUAAUGUUUAUCGGAAAUUCAGAAUCUCAUGAUAUGGCUGCAUUGGCUUAUCAGUUGCAUUAUAAUGGUAAACAUAAUUAUAUUAACUGUAAAAAUGAUCACAACAAAGUGCAUGAGAUCUGUCUUAAAAGCAUUUUCUUGUGGGUCUGCAUCAAAGAGCAGAACUGAGUUUGUGGCUUGUUUUUAAGAUGGAAAAAUGCAUUUUAUAUCCACUUAAUUGACUUUUCCUCUGCACAAAUGCAUCCUUCAAGUUCAGAACAAGAUUUACUUUGAAACAGGAGCUUCACAUUGAGGCUCAGAGGGCUGAAGUUUGUUUCUUUUAUCAGCAUUUUGUAUAAAUACAGAAUAUUUCCCUUCAGACGUGUUGAAGUUAAACUCAAAUGUGACCAUUCACACAUGCUAUAUCAAGAUGGAGGGGUGAGUGACAAACUGUGGUUCUAAAUACACCUCUACAGUGGAAACUACCGCAGAAGCUCCUUUUAAUCUUUCAGACAUACGCAAUCCAGCUGUGGACAGAUCGUGUCAACAUGAAAGACAGCUACUGCAAAAAAAAAAAAAAAAA